CUGCCCCGUCACUAUGCCUGUCCGAAGAAGCCUGCAGGCACCCAGGCCCGACGAGCCUUAUCUGACUGAAGGCCAUGAUGUGAUCCCUAAGAUUGAAGAAGCUCUUAGGCGAAAUAAGGGCAAGGGCAAUAUGCUGCAUAUAAUGGCUAUGGAUAUCAGAGAGGCCUGGUUUAAUAAGGAUAAUGCCAGCCGCAUCAGGAUAGCGAUCUUUAGAGGGAGAGGGGGUUCCUUAGGGCCCUUAACGGCGGCUUGCAUGACAAGUGGCUCAAGGAUAUCCGGUGGCAGGCCAAGGAGGUACUGGAGAAGACCGAGAACCUGUGAUAGACAGACCAGGCUGGUCAUGGUCUUGGACCACGAGAGCGCGAGGAUGGAAGCGGGUCGUGACUGA